AUGAAUAUGAAGCGGUCGAGGAUUUCAAACUCAGUUUCUUGGGCUUCUGGAGCCAAUCUUUGUCAGGUGAAGCUGUUCUCUUCUGAGGAUUGUCCUGUUAAAGUUGGCCUGAAAUAUCAAGAUCAUCUUCAAGCAAAGGCAUCAAGUAUGUUGAAUUCAAUUCCUGCGGAAAAUGAUUUUCCCCCUGGAUUUGAAGGCAGUUUUUCUGUGGGCCAGUCAAAAGUGGAACUUCCCCACAUCCCGAGGAUUCAAUGGAAACGUCCUUCCAAGUUUGUCAUAAGUCCCACCUGGGAAGUAGCAGCUGGCGAGGAAAGUGAGGAAGCCAAGUCUCAAGAAUCUAGAGAGAUGAGAGUGCUUGAAGCAGUUUAUCCUCGUUUUUCUGCAAUUCCUCCUAACCCCUCGGUUUCUUUGGAUGUAGAGGGUGAGCAUUAUGAUGAUAGCCUCACUCCUUUUGUUCCCGAUACUCCAAUUGAAGAAGAGUCCCCAGAUUUACUUGAUCUGGAAACUCCAGUGAAUACCAAUGUAGGUUGUCAACCACCAAUCUUGCACCAAGGUCUGUUGGCAUCUGGGAAAUCAAAAGCUUCUAAAUGUAACUCUCCUGGUUUGCAGCAACUUGCCAGUGAUCAACCUGUACUAGGAAACUUAUUUGAUCUUAACGCGGACGUGACUGCUGCUGCUUCAGCUGCAUUGACUGCAAUCAUGAAAAGCACUGAGAAGGGAAGUUUGGUCGAUACUGGUUUGCUCAUUAAAAUUCUUAGUGACCCAAAAAUGAUCCAGAAAUUGAGUAAUGAAUCCGGACCACAGGCCAAUGCAGGACUUGCACCCAGGCCAAAGACAUUAGUUCCAUCAAUUCCCUCAUCUCAUCCAAAAUCUGAUAUGCAAGGGACAGCUGCAGGUGGAAACUUCUGCCCUAUGCCAGGUACAGUGGGAACUGCUUUGAAUACAAUCCCUCAUCAGCCAAAUAAUGUUCAACUAUCCAGGUUGAAUCGACCAACACCACCGCCUCCUUUGCCCAGCCCCAAAUCCAACUUCUUUAAGUUGCCUAGCCUGCCAAAUCAAAACCAAGCACAACCCCCGCAACCCCCUUUAAGUGCAAUGACUCAACCGAACAGACCUCCAUUACCGCCAUUCCCUUUAAGUGCAAUGAAUGAUCCAAAUAGAGCUCCCUUACCACUAUUCCCAGCCAAAGAAGCCGGACAUGUGAAGGAUGUGAACUACUUUAAGAACCUCAUUAUGCAACAUGGAGUAGAAAUCCAGGACCCAUUUAUUGCACAAAAUGGUAACAAUCAUAAUCACUUGACAGACUUGAAAAUGGUUCAAAAUUUUAAACGAGGAGAAACGAAACCUUGCAAGAAUCGAAAACCCUGCUUGUACUUUAAAAGCUCUAGGGGAUGCCGUAAUGGAGUUAAUUGCACUUUCCAGCAUGAUGCGUCAUGCCAAUGGCCGACUGGCAGUAUCAUGGAGGCCCAUAGUGCCAAGAGAAUGAAACUAACUGGGUUUAAUACUGGAAGGAUGUGA